CUUUCUCUCUGUCCCUGGUUUUACGGAAACGCCCCCAGCUCCGAGCAGGGUGUUAAUCAGUAAUGGUCCCACGGGCCGCAGCGUACUUUGGAAGAGUAAAUAUUUGCUACGGGCUUUCGGCUACAAACCCCAACCUUCUGUCUUUGCCCUGAAUGAAGGACCUUCCCAGGCACCGGGGGUCCACUCACUGGAAGAAGGGAUGAUGAGGUGUUUAAGUGUUGAGAGUCCGUGCCCACAGCACUCACUGUUUAAGCCACACUCAAUGUCCUGGCUUUCGUCCUGCCCAGGAAGUCUCGCCACUGAAGAGAAGUGCUCCUUGGGCCUCCACGGCUGACCUGACCGGAUGAAGGCAGCGCUGCGCCUCCUGCUCCCCUGCCUCCUGGCCCAGGUGUGGCUGGUGCCCGGCUUGACCCCCAGCUCCUGGUCCCCAGGGGCCCAGCCAGGGCCAGAGACUCCGCAGCCCCCCACUGACCAGUAUGAGACCUUCCAGGGAGUGCAAGCCCCGGAAGAGGAGCAGGAGCCCUGGCUGACGACCAGUGAGCGCCAGCUCUGUGAGGACACCUUCAACCUGGGGUUCAGCCUGCUGCGCAAGAUCUCCAUGAGGCAUGAAGGCAAUGUGGUCUUCUCUCCGUUCGGCCUGUCCUUGGCAAUGGCGGCCCUGACGAUGGGGGCCGAAGGGCAGACCAAAGCCCAGCUGGAGAGCGGGCUCCGGCAGAACCGGAACGGGACCAGGCCCCGGCACCUGCCCACCCUCUUUUGGCGGCUCAGGGAGCGCCUCUCCCACAACCGGGAGCUAGGCCUCACCCAGGGGAACUUGGCCUUCAUCCACGAAGAUUUCAAUAUCAAAGAGACCUUCCUCAAUUUAUCCAAGAGGUAUUUCAAUACAGAGUGUGUGAGGAUGAAUUUUCACAAUGCCUCCCAGGCCCAGGGGCUCAUGAAUCAUUACAUCAACAAAGAGACGCAGGGGAAGAUCCCCAAGCUCUUUGCUGAGAUUAAUCCGGACACCAAAUUAAUCCUGGUGGAUUACAUCCUGCUCAAAGGGAGGUGGCUGACCCCUUUUGACCCUGUCUUCACCGAGGCAGACACUUUCCGCCUGAACAAGUACAAGGCGGUGAAGGUGCCCAUGAUGUUCAGGCUGGGCACCUUCGCCUCCACCUUCGAUAAGAACCUCCGUUGCCACGUCCUCAAACUGCCCUACCAAGGAAACGCCACCAUGCUGGUGGUCCUCAUGGAGAAAAUGGGGGACCACCUGGCCCUUGAAGACUACCUGACCUCAGACCUGGUGGACUCGUGGCUGAGAAACAUGAAAACCAGAAAUACGGAAGUUUUCUUUCCAAAGUUCAAGCUAGAUCAGAAGUAUGAGAUGCAUGAACUGCUUAAGCAGAUGGGAAUCAGAAAGAUCUUCUCCCCCUGGGCCAGCCUGAGUGAACUCUCAGCUACUGCGAGAAAUCUGAAAGUAACUAAGGUUUUACAAAAAUCGGUGAUUGAGGUCAAUGAGAAAGGCACUGAGGCAAUGGCGGGAACGCUGUCGGAAAUUAUUGCUUACUCCAUGCCUCCCGUCAUCAAAGUGGACCGGCCCUUCCAUUUCAUGAUCUAUGAAGAAACCUCUAGAAUGCUCCUAUUCCUGGGCAGGGUGGUGAACCCAACUCUGCUGUGAUUUAUGACAAGUCCGAGUUUGUGGUGCACAGCAGAUGCUGUGAGCCGUGGGAACCCACACGAGAUACUGGCUCCGGGUGGCAGAAGAGAGGGACUCUGGUCCUCCGCGACUGAGCCAUCCUUAGAAACAUCUGAGUAUGAAACGCGAACUUAUUUUAAGGAGGUGUUUGUACAAUCUGCUUGGUAUUUUAGCCUGUUUCUAAGAGCCUCCAUUGGUGACUAAGGACUAGCCUGGUGGAAUAUCCACCUUUCUGUGUUUCUCACGCGUCUGGACUUAAAAAGGUGCCCCAGGACACUGUUUCCAGAGGAUGCCUCUGGGAGGAAGACUCGCCCACAUGCUGUGAGUCACGUACUUGACUCUCUUCACUGCCCUCUGGUACGGUGUUUUCUUAUAAUCUGGCAUAGAAUCGUUUCUUGCUGACUAAGAUCGUGGAGAGCAGGACCAAUAAAAUGCCAUUGGUCAGACCAAGACAGCAUAAAGUAUGUAAACCAAAGUGGAGUCACUUGUGUCAACCAAGAUGGCUGCCAGUCAGCCAUGGCACUUUGGUUCAAGAGGUAAAACACCUAAGUCAGCGCAGACACAUCUGGCAAGGAGACACACCAGGGCAUCUGCACAUGUGAUCAGAUGUGGGACCACCCAUAGAUGGGUGCCUGGGGAGUCUGUACUUGCCAUCAGGGGUGCCAAGCAGAACAGCUGUGAACCACCUAUAGGUUCCUGGGCUAAUUCCGCACUUAGCAUCAGGGGGCCAAGACACUCAUCAAAAGACCCAGAAGCGUGGCAUGCACUACUUUCAAGGGUAUAACUGAGGCAGGCUCCGGGCCACUGCUGAGACACCAGAGGGCUGCUCCACACCAUGCUGAUCUCCCCUAGCACUGGCCACCAGAGGCUCUGCCCUGCUGGACUGAGGACUUCGCCUGCCCUGCUGCCCACCUAGCUCCUGAGACCCUUCCUUACAAGACGCUGAUGACUCCCUUGGCCCCUGUUAUGAUUCCUGGACCUGCAGACUGAGACUCUGGGACUGGGGUUCGUGAGCCCCCAUUGAUGGCUGUGUGUAUGUGUGUGAUAUUUCUCCUGGAUUGUCAGUGUGGGUAGGAUAUUAACAUGUGUUGAUGUUCUACUUUGAGUGAACCUGCCUUCAAUAAAAGCUGAGCGAAUGGCA